UUGGAGUAGGUUCCAGAACAGAUUGAUGGCUAGUUGAGUGGUUUGCUGAAGUUAGUCCCGGCGCUGCGGAUACUGGGGGGUUGGAAGCCAAAGGCCACGGUUUCGCUGCUGCCGGGUUUUUUGGGAGGAAGCUUCACGCCGUAAGAGCGUGUGGGCGCCGGCAGCUUCAGGCCCCUGGGACCCGCCUCCCCAGCCCUGGCGCUAGUCACCUCCGGCGGGUGGUGCCGGCACGCAAGCCCGAGGCUUCAGACUUGGCUCUAGGCCCUACUUGAAAAGAAUAAAACCGGCAGCGGCUUCCAUGUGGUCCUAGCCGGCUUCUGAGCCAUGUCCAAGAAGCAAGCGGUCAAAACCAGGACUAACAAGAAACUGGAUUUGGAGCGGAAAAGAGACGAGAAGGCGGUGAGACGAGCCCUGGCUAAAGAGAGGAAGAACAGGCCCCAGGAGGGCUCAGAGGAUGAAGAGUUUUUGAGCUUUGCCAACCAACUGCUGGCCAUGGGACUCAAACUCAGGGAAGUUCCUGGUGAUGGGAAUUGUCUCUUUCGUGCUCUCGGAGAUCAGCUAGAAGGUCACUCUCGAAACCACCUAAAACACCGGAGGGAAACAGUGGACUUCAUGAUAAAACAUCGUCAAGAUUUUGAACCAUUUGUUGAGGACGAUGUCCCUUUUGAUCGAUAUGUUGCGAAUCUGGAAAAGCCGGGCACAUUUGUUGGCAAUGAUGUGAUUGUCGCCUUCGCAAGGAACAACCAAGUGAAUAUUGUGAUUCACCAGCUUAACGCCCCACUUUGGCAGGUUUUUGGAACCCGCAAGAGUAAUGCUAUAGAGCUGCACAUUGCCUACAGAUAUGGGGAGCACUAUGACAGUGUACGCAUGCUCCAUGAUAAUUCAGAAGCACCUGCAAACCUAAAGACAGAGAUGCUCAUUAAAGAUGAAGGAAAGAAGAAAGAUCGAAACAAAAUGAGUCCUUACCAGAUGGAAGAUAUACGGGAUUUUGAAAGGGAAGUGACCAAGACUGAUUUGGACGAUGCAAUUCAGAAAGUACGCAAUGCAACGGGGUGCAUGGACACCGAUGUGAUUAUUCAGAAUCUGGAAGCUGAAAACUACAACAUAGGGUCUGUAAUAUUUGCAAUUUUGCAGACAGAUGAACUGAAGAAUAGCAAUAGUGAUGAAGAUUCCAACAAAACCAGUUCUAAUUGCAGCCCUCAGAACAUGUCACCCCUGUGGAUGGAGAAUGGAACUGGUAACAGGAUUUUUGGAAAUCACACUGUCAACGCUGAAGAGUUUGAAAACAACAGGUGGCCUAAUGACAUAGAAGAAAACAAAAGGACCAAAAAUAAGGUAACAAACAAGCAGCGAAAAGAACAGCAAAGGUUGGAAAAGAAGAAACGACAGGAGGAACGACACCGACAGAAGGUCCUAGAGAGCAAGAGCAAUAAUAUGGAAGACAACGGGACCGAUAGAGACUUUCAAGCACCAGUUACCCUAGUGAAAACAUUUACAACUUUAAAUAUUUGAUCUGUGGACAGCAGCCGGCAAUCAUCUGACAUUGAAUGGGUUUCAUUAGUCUCCUGGGUGGGGGAUAACAACAUGGGAGAUGGAGAGGUUAUCUGAUGCUGCUCUCGAUUUAAGAAAAUAUUUGAUUUCACAUCUUUUUGAAGAACUUGUUUUGUUUGCAAACUUGCACAUGGGCAAACAGGAAGAAAUGGCCUAAAGGUGGAAGCAGUGGAUUAUUUGCAUUUUACAAAUGCAGUAAAUCUUCAAAGAGUAACAAGUCAGAAUUUAAAUAAGCAUUUGAAAUGUAUGUUUAGAUGAAUUAGCAGUAAAUGGACUUACAGACAAGAAAGCUCUUUAAUAAUUGCAACAUGGGUUAGAGGCUGGCUAUAAUAUAUAUGUUUUAAGUUAUCACAUACUCCUAACACCUUCAAUAAUGAUCAUUACUGGAGGUGAAAUAUGAGGCCCUUUCUUUAGAAGCUGUAUUAUACACUGGCUUUUGCAUAUUGGACAUUUCUAAAACCAUCAUUGGUAUGGUGUACACGAGAUGGUGUUUUCCUGUAGGCAUCAGGAGGGGUAGGGCCAUAAACACUUUUGGAAGUGAAGCUGUUCCUUUUUUUUUUAAUCCUUGCCAGGACUUUAUUUUUUAAGUAAAGAGUACAAAUAUGCUGCUAACCACCAAAAAUGAAGGUUCCUUUCCAUACAGAAUGUGCUAACAACUUUAUCUGAGUAGGCUCAAUGGCUGUUAAUCUAGUAUAAAGCAAGUGGAAGAAUUGCAACUUUUGAUUAGCACCAGACGUUCCUAUAUCUAACUCAUUAAAGCUUUGUCAGAGAUAUUUUUGGAGGUGACUUAAGUUAAUUAAUCUCCUGAAUUUGUUUAUUGAAUUUCUACCUCUUGAGAAUUUUCCUUGCUUGAAAGUAAGGAACCAUUUGAUUGUGGAAAGUGGUUCAGAAUAGCCACUAAGUGUUUGAAACAGUAAUUCUUACGGACAACAAAGUAAGACAGCUGGUCAGCCUAUAAUGCUUGUGUUUACUCUAUUUUUCCUCUGUAUAUAAAAUAAUAAAUAUCUGUUCACCCCACUGAGAAACUAAGCUUAUUAAACAAUUUCUAAAAGUUUUAUUUCUGUCACAAUGAUUUGGAAUGAGUAAAACAACCUAAAAGUGGCCAGUUGUUAUUUUCUUCAAACACAAACCAGUAUGGAUUGACAGUUGGCUUAUAUACCUCAUUAGUGACUUAUUUAAUGUGUAACAGGUCAGAAAUUGUUACUAAAAAUCUAUUCUUUUACAAUUUUUUUUUUAAAUUUUAAGUUGUGCAUUUUGCAUCAAUGGUCACAGCAUCCUGAUUUGAUCAGCCUGGUAUCUCUGGUUGUUGGAGUUAGUGAUUGAAAUAGGAUUCUGGGAGAUAUUCUGUUUUGAAUGACCGUUCUAUGGCUAACCAGUUGCUAAAACUGGGUAUGAUAUGCUUUUGCCAAUCCACCUACUGCUGUAUGUUUAUUAAUGUCCUCAGGGCAGUGAAAAAAACUUAGUCGAUGUGUGUCUCUACUCUCAUGCUACUUGUCUGAAUUUGAUUGCCCUAGGGGCAAUCAGAAGGGAAUACAUUCUGGCAAAAUAAAUCUUUGUUUACGGUUUUUCGAAGAAAUUUAAUCCCAAACAUCCCAAAUUUUAAUUUUGCAGAUGAAAAAAAUUUGAAUCAAAGGAAUUUGUUUAUUACAAGUUUUCAUUCUAGUCUUUACAAAAGGUUAUUGUUUUUAAAUGUUAAAAUUCACUUCUCUCAAAGCUACAAGAAUGUUAAGACAUAAUAAAUUUGGAACAAAUUA